AUGCUUUUCAACGAACUCCUCCCGCUGCUCGUGCAGCACUGGCCAAUAGUUUUGGCCGCGACGACGCUUGCCUACCUGCUCAGCAACAAGUACUGGAAAGGACUAAACAGAUACCCCGGACACUGGGCCGCUGGAUACACAAACUGGUGGAGACUGUGGGAUGUUUCACAUUGGAACCACCACUGGACCAACAUCAACCUGCAUCGCCAGCACGGAGACAUUGUACGCCUGGGACCAAACGUGCUCUCAUUCGCAGACCCCAAGGCCAUCAAGACCAUCUAUGGCUUGAACAAGGGUGUUACCAAGUCUGGUUUCUAUCCCGUUCAAGGCGCUGUAGCCAAGGGCAAAUGCCUGCUUUCGCUCUUUUCCACCACUGACGAGGACUUCCACGCCAAGUACCGCCGAUGUGUAAACAACGCUUUUGCCAUGAGCUCGCUCGUCGGCUACGAGCCUCUUGUAAACUCGACACUUACCUACUUCCUCGACAAGACCGAAGAGCGCUUCAUCAAGACUGGAACUAGCUGCAACUUCAGUCAAUGGUUGCAGUACUUUGCCUUUGACGUCAUCGGCGAGCUGACAUGGAGCAAGCGUCUAGGCUUUGUCGAGGGCAACAAGGAUAUCGACAACAUUAUUACCUUCUUGGGCAAAUUCUUCGACUAUGUUGCACCGGUUGGCCAAAUCCCCAUUCUCGAUGUCUUACUAUGGAAAAACCCACUUCUCCUCCUUGCUCAGCGUAUCGGCUUGGAUAAGCGUGUGCACCCGGUGACGCUAUUCGCUUUGAAGCAGUCCAGUGCGCGUGCCGACCAGGUCGAGAAGAUCAAGCGCUUUGGCCUUUCCGACGACGAGAGAGCAAACCCCUUCGGUAUCGAUCUCCUCUCCAAGUUUGCGCAAGCCAGCCACGACCACGAGUUCAUGGACGACAACCGUAUCCUUUCUACAUGCACAUCUAUGGUAUUUGCCGGCUCCGAAACAACCGCCAUCUCCCUCUCGGCCGUCUUCUACUUCCUCCUCAAGCACCCCCACGUCUACAAGAAGCUCAUGCAAGAAAUUGACAACGCUGUCGCCGAAGGCAACAUUGAGUCGCGCCCCGAGAAAACCGUCUCCUGGUCUGAAGCGCAGAAACUUCCUUACCUCGACGCCGUUAUCCAGGAAUCUUUCCGUCUCCAUCCCGCCCCCGGCCUGAUUCUCGAGCGCGUCGUCCCCAAGCAAGGUAUGCACAUUUGCGGUGAAUUCAUCCCCGGCGGCACAAUUGUCGGUUGCAACGCGUGGGUCAUCCACCGCCGGCACGAGGUUUUUGGCUACGACGUAGAUGCUUUUAGGCCCGAGCGCUGGCUCGAGGCUUCGCCCGAUAAGCUCAAGGAAAUGAAGGGCUCUAUGCUGCAGUUUGGAGCUGGUGCGAGGACAUGCAUUGGCAAGAACAUUAGUCUUUUGGAGAUUUACAAGCUCGUGCCGAGUUUCUUGAGGAGAUUCGAGAUUGAGCUUGAGCGUCCUUGUGCCGAGUGGAAGACACACAAUGCAUGGUUCGUUACUCAGCGCGAAUUUAACACUCGCUUCAGGCCACGACGAGAAGUCAGUGCGGCGUAGGGAACCAAACCCUCCGCUUUUGUCAUAUUUUC